AUGUUCGAUGUACCGCCCAAGUUCUACGAGCUGUGUCGCCUUUGUUUAUCGUCGGACGGUGUCAAAUUGUCCAUAUUCGAAGAGGAAGGCGCCCAGCGAAACUUCGCCGAUAAGAUAUUAACGUGCCUCUCGAUUACGGUAAAAGAUGGGGAUUCUUUACCACCAAUUAUUUGUCACCGGUGUGUGUAUAAAUUGGAUGUACUGCACAACUUCCGUGAAGUGUCACACAAAUCUGAUGUCAUACUCAAACAGUACCUGGAUUAUGCCAAGCAGUUAUCAUCACAUGAUGAUCAGAAAAAAUCUUUCUCCACUGCCAAAGUAGCAGGAUUAAGUCCGCUACAGUCAUUUCUCCAAUUGAACAAAACAUUGUUCAAUGAGGAGCCUAACUCUCCGGCCAGCAUUAAUCAAAACGUUAUACCUCAGACUCAAACACAUCAUUUGGAGUUGUGCACCAAUGACAUGCCUGAGCAUGAUAACAUUAAGUGUGAACCAGAAGAUGAUACAUGUUCAAAUAGUUCUGAUCCAGAUAGAUUAGAAAUAGAAGAUCGGGAUGAGCAGGAUACUGAGGGGGAAGAAAAUGGUUAUGAUAUGACCAUUAAUAAGAGAAUGAAAGUAGAAACAAAUUAUGAAGAAUCAAAAACAAGUACCCCUAAUCAUAGUCCAGUGAAUAGAAUGGAUACACCAGAAAGCAAUUGUUCAGAUACAAAUAUUGAUCAGGAAACAACAAAGUUAUGGCAAGCAUUAGCAAACAAUAGGAGUUUAGAGAUUACCAGGACAAAUGGUGACAAAUUAAAUAAUGGAUUCACUGGUGAAGCAACUAAUUUGUUGCGUUCUUUAAUCAACAAUAGGCAAAUUGGUAUUACUGCAAUUGAUUCUGACAGAAUAUCACCACAAAUUAGGUUUUACAGAGAUACUCAAGGAACAACAAUUGAACGCACUAUACCCGACUGUUCCCUACUCGGCAACCGUACUAAUGUGUCGUGUAUAGAAAAUAAGGGUACGUCUGUGGACAGUAAUCCGUCUAGCCCUGCCAGUGUUGGUCGAAAGGAAACCAAGGGUCGUAGAAAACAAAGUUAUCCUAGCAAAGCUCCCAUGAGUCCAGAUGUCGUUAAUUAUCAACAUGAAUCUAAUGAAGAACAAGCACAAGAUUUUACAACAUGGUCAAAUAAAAUGAAGGGGAAGGUAGAGGACCAAAAACAACAAUUUGAUCAACAUAGUGGUAACAUAGCGAAAAAGGUUGAUAUGUCUUGCACAAAUUGCGGCACUAUGACUACAACUAUUUGGAGAAGAAAUAUGAAGGGAGAAAUGGUUUGUAAUGCUUGCGGACUUUAUUACAAACUUCAUGGAGUAAAUCGUCCAGUUACCAUGCGAAGGGAUACGAUACAUACGCGUAGACGUAGACCUAAAGGUGAAAAACCAACAAGGCAUAGAAAGAAAGGUGAUUCAAUUUUGGUACCACAAUCGGAACAGAUGGAUGCAGAAAGUGCAGACAUGUUAGCAGCCCUUCGGCGACAAAUUCAGCCUCAUUUAAUGAUGGCAGCCUUAACACCACCACGUAUACCUGGUGCUCAUCCACCAGCUCCUACCGCUCAACUUAAUUAUUCUCUUCCUUUACCUAGUUACAUGAUGCAUCAUGUGAAAGCAGAAGGACGAGAACAAUGUCAUUUAUCUACGGACAUAGAAGAAACAGAAGAAGGAGAUGCAGAGAACGUCUCGGAUGUACCAUUAAACUUAGUUGCGACGUCAUUAUCCGAAGAAGCACACUGAAAUCAUUUUGACCAGCUUUAGAACGACGUUGCUAUAGGUAUAUAUAUACAUACAUAUAUAUAUAUAUACAUAACAAAGAAUCUCUAGACAGAAUAGCCUGUCCGGUGAUACACAGGGUGUAAAAGACGAGAUUAUUCUCCUUCUCUUUUCUGCCUCUGUCGUCCAUGAUCCUCUUUUUGGACUCUCCUUUUUUCUCUUUUUCUCUUUUCCACGGUCUUGAGAAUUUUGAGAUGGUAGAAUAUUGGGAUGUGUAUUUAUCCCUUGAGCUACCAAGCCCGUGGUGCAGAGCGCACGAAGGAACGAUGAUAUUAAAUACGCAGUAUUAAUUACGUGGUUAUUCAAAAUAUGUACAUAUAUAUACACGAAUACGAAGAAUAUUUUUAUACAAAAUUUUCUACGCUUGCAGCUAUAGAGAGCGACGGGCGAUCGUUGUACAUACACGCGCAAAUUGUUCUUUCGGUGUCGCACGUAUUUUACGCAUUAAAAGGAAUGGUGGUCGUUGUCUGUUUUCUUAGUGAUAUAAGAAAGUCAAUCACCAGUGAAAGUUUUUAGAACGGUGCUAGAUUACUGUUCGGAAAGGUUUAGAAAUAAAGAAGAAACAAAAAAAAAAUGAUUUGUCGCUAAAAGAUUAGUGAACAAAAUUUAACCGUUUUGUUCCACGGGCUUUUAGCUGUCAGUGAUGUUACAAUUGCAAGUAAUCUUUUGUUUUGCGUAAUAUUUAAAUUAAAAAACGUCCCAACCGAAUUUAACUAGUGAAUAAAAUCUAUUUUUCAAUUGAUUUUAAUAACGAAUGAAAAUUUAUUAUUUGCUUAAUUAAAACUGGAAAAAAGGAAAAUAUUAAUGGAACAGAAAACGGUUGCACGAUGUGACAAAUGUUUAUUAAAAAAAAUAUAUAUCAUAUAUAUCAAAAAGUUAGAAUCAUAAACGGAAAAUAAUAUGUUCUCGGUAAUUUGAGCUUUGUCAAAUUACAUUUUUACUAGUAUAAUUUUUAACAUCAUACUCUAGUGGCCUUUCAACAAUUUGUCUCCUUUCUCUUCCCUUUUUAGUUCUUAUCGCAGUAAAAAGUGCAGAUAAUUUACUUACAGAUACAAUUUUAAUUUAUGAUGUAGAUUACUUUUUUACGUGAGCACGAGACUGCCGGUAUAAACACAUUUAAAUACUCUUUCUAUCAUUUAUGUAUUUUGUUUUCCCUCCUUUUUUUCUAUGUGUUGGAAAGCUAUUUGAUUGUUCAUACAGUCAUCAAUAAUUUGUACUUAAUAGACAAAGCAGCACACCACCAUAUAAGCUAAGACCCCGAAAGCAAUAAAAAACGCGAUGGUACGUAGGAUAGAUUGUCGUCAUACAAUACUCGUUUGCGUGCUCUCUCGACGACAAUUUAAACAUACAAGAAUUUCAGGAACUAAUAUUUAGAUAACAUUCAUUUAUAUGCCGGACGUUAAAAAUAACAAAUUUUAUUGCUCCAUAAUUGCUGUAGAUACAUUCACAUAAUCUCUUUUCAAAUUUCUUCCUUAACUCUAUUCACUUUAUUUUAUUUCUUUUUUAUAUUAUUCAAAAAAAGAAAAGAAGAAAAUUAGAAAUAUUUUGGUGUAGAUAAACAAAAUUAUUCGUUUCUUUCUAAGGGUUAUCACUGAUCUCUUUUUUCCAGAAUGUACAGAUCACACAUUAAUAAACAGGUAUUAAGCAAUCCUAAAUACCACAUAAUACGAUGGCCAGUGCAUCUACUCAUGUAUCGUUAUAUCUAACAUUAUAUACCUAAACAACUUUGCCAAAAAUAGAUUUAGUCUAUGUAACAUAGAGUAUAGUUAAGGGCAUGCGAUAAAAAUUAACAUUUUAUCUUUCUCUUUUACAACUUCAUAUACAGCAUUUACAUAUUUCUUCUUUAUUUUUCUUUCUCUUCUUACAGCUUUUCUUAUCAGUGAUACCUCUUAGCGUACUACCGCUUUAUAGAAUUUUUAAAUUCACUUACAGUAAUUAAUGGAGCAACUUAGUUUUAGUCGUUAUCAAAGGAGCCUUAUAAACACACUCGUAUAAAUAUAUAUACACGCGCGCGUACAAGCGCGAUACACACAUUUUACACUUUCACUCAUACACAUAUUGCAUAAAUACAUUCUUUCUUACACUUAUAUACGAGUAUAAACGAUACCAUCGAUCAAUGCUAUUCCUUAUUUUCAAUAUCGUAAUAAAAAAAUAUUUCUUUUAAGCAUAUUAUAAUUAAAACAUUAAUAUUAUAUUUACAUUUUCAUUCAAUAUUUUUAUUAAUGAAUAAUAGAACGCAUAACAAAAAGAGCAAACAGUAAUUAUUUUUUAGCUACCUGUUUUCAUUUUAUAAUAUGAAUUUUAUAAAUAUGAAUAGCAUUGAAAAAAAUGGUAUCUUUACAUUGAUAACACCAUUUAUUUGAGAAAGAGGCAUAAACUAUGAAGAAGUUUUACAUAAUUGCGAUCCAAAUAACAGAUUGCUUAACUUUUUUCUUGUACGUCGAAACGAUCCUUCCAUUUAGUACGUAUUUGAUAUACUUCCUGUUUUCCAAACAGGUAACAUAUCUUUUAAAUAAGUCUCGACAAAUGACUAUGUUUUAUAUUUAAUUUACAUUUACAUGUAUAACAAAUUUGUAAAUAUCAAAAUAUUCAAAAUUUAAUUAUCUUUUUUCCAGAUAUAAUGCAUAAUUUUAACUUGUGACUAUGUAUAGUUAAAAAAAAUAUUCUGUUUUAAGAAAAUAUACUUAUUUAAAAGAUACGUGAUACACAUUUAGGCUUAACAUCUUAACUAGGGGAUGAAAUUGAAAAUUAAUCAGUUGAUAAAGUACAUAAAACUUGACUUCUCUCAGUCAAGCUAUAGAUUGCCAGUUUUUAAAUUCUAUUGACAGAAGAUUGUAGAAUACCAUUUUUAAAUGUACCAUACGUGAAGAGAAUGAACUUAUUUAUGAAAUAACAUUGAUAAAAGAAAAUGAAAGCAAUGGACAGUUACUUCGUUAGGCAUUUUUUUUUCUCUCAGUUAUAAAUAUUUAGCUCGUGGUAGCUUGUUAAAUAACAGAAAAGCAUAACUAUCCUUAUAUAUUUUUUUUUAAUUAUUAUUAUUAUUAUUAUUAUUAUUAUAAUUAUAAUUAUUAUUAUUAUUAUUAUUACCAUCGUAGAUGCGUAAGUAGAAUUAGGUUUGAGCUCUCUACUAAUUCUGAAACUAGAAGAUAUUUUUUAUAAUUAUUAGAAUCGAGAAAUCGAGUAUUGCUAUUAUAUAUAUAUAUAUAAAUAUAUAUAAAUAUUAUUGAUAUCGAUUUGAUUUAAACGUUAAAAUUUUUUUUUUUUAAAUAAGAUUUAGUUGCAAGACCGCCACUUGACAAAGUUCGUUUUUUUAAUAAUAAUGAACGAAAGAAAAAAAAGCUGAGGCUUCUUAUAGAUUUUUUUUUUUUUUAUGUAUCAGUAUUCUACGCGUUUGACUUUAGCUGUUAAGAGUUUUAACCACACUACUUAAAAGAAUCCCCGAUGGCGAGAUUUGUCUUACUUAAUUAUUAAAUUAUUUAGUUAUCUUCCCUUUCGAAUCCCUCCCAUAUCCCAUUACCCAUUUCCCCCAUUCCCCUCCCCCCUUCUUCCUUCGUCCCUGUUUUGUACGUCUAUUUUUACACAAACAAUCCUUCCCUGAAUAAUUAUUUAAACUAUAAUUUAUUGUAUUCACCGUUUUUUGCACCAACGUUUACGUAAGACAUAUUUUUUGGCAACGACUGGCUUAAUUUAUUGUUUCUUACAUUACUUUAUACGAGUUUCGCUCUUUUUUUCUUUUCUUUUCUUUUCUUUUUUUUUUUUUCUUCUUUUUUUGUAAAAAAAAAAGAGAAAUAAAACAAUACAAACAUACGUUAGUUAGUAAUGAUCAGGCACUGCGCGUAUGGUCAUUCCCUCCUUUUCUGCGAGAUACACUCGGUUUUAAUGCGGUACGAGAUGCGGACGGUCAAUGCUUUAGGUGCCUUCACCUGGAGAUUUCGUUGAAUACAGAUGCUCACGUGCACGCGAGUAUAGAUACAUUUAUUGUAACGAAAAUCGUUUUCACUUUCGAUCCAUCAGCUUUUCUCUUCAGCUUGCGAAACGUGCCUCUACGAAUUUAUAUUUCUUCGAUUUUUAAUCGCUUGUUAAACGGGUACAAAAAGAAAAAAGAAAGAGAGGGAGAGAGGGAGAGAGAAAAAGAAAGUAAAUGGCGAUUUUAUAAUUUAAUUACCGGCGAUGUAAUCCCGGAUAUGUACAAUGGAGUGGAGUUAAAGCUAUGGGUCGAAAGUAGACAAGGUCAGUCCGAGGUGCUUCGUUACCACGAGCAAAUCUUCGUACGAUAAGAAGAAGACUGUUUUUUUUUCUUUUUUUUUUUUUCUUUUUUCUUUUUUUUUUUUUCUUUUUUCUUUUAGAAUCGUGGUUACGAAGCAUCUCGUGUCCACGAUGAACAAAUGUAUACGAAAGUCUCGAGGACAAGAAACAAAAAAAAAAACGAGACGAAGAAUGCAUAAUUGUACAUGACAAAGAGAGAAGGGGUUUUCGCGGGAUGAUAUGAAGAAAAAAAAAAUAAUAAUAAUAAUAAAAGAGGUAAAUCGUCGAUACCUCUACGAUUUGAGUCGAGGAAUAAUUAAUUAUUAACUCGCAGCUUUGUUCCGUCCGUCUGCGCGACCGUGAAUCUUUUGAUUUCGCCGGGUUCCUCGGUAGAAAUCCUAAGUCACAUACAUAAAUACACAUACCCAUUAAAUACGCGUUUAUUACGCAUUACACACAUUAUACACACAUGACGUACAUUUACAUUGUACGUAACUUAAUGAAUACGUAUACACGAUAUAUUAAACGGUGGAGAGACAAAAAAUGAUAACAGAGGCGUAAAUCGUAAAAACAUUGUAAAAAGAAUUUAAAAAAAAAAAAAAAAAAAAGAAAAAAAAGAGAAAAAAACAUGGUAAAAACUGGAAGCGCCAAGACCCCUUCCCCAGUUCUUACACUGAGUAUUAAAUCUGUACUAAUCGACUGAGUAUUAUUUUUAUAUCGAGCGUAAUAAUAUUAAUAAACGGAUAUAAAUUAAAACGUGAGACACGGAUUGGUGAGUUAAUCGUACGUGAAGCCGAGAAAGAAUUAUUGUAAAGGCAGUGGAUGAUGAAUGGAGAGAUGCGUUUUCUUUUUCUUUUCCUUUUUCUUUUUUCAUUUCAAAAACAAGUGAUUGAAAAUAAAAGGAAGAAAGACGAUAUAGAACGAAAAAAUGUAUCGCGAUUUAUAAUUUUUAAUAAUUAUUGUUCGAGGAAUAAAAAGAAGAAGAAAGAAAAGAAAAGAGAAAGAGAAAACGCAUGCGACUGAUAAUUGUGAGUGCCCUGAUUACAAUAUUUUGUAUACAACCAUAUAAUGCGAACCGAGCGAAGAAAGAAACAAUUUCGAAUGAAAGAAGCAACAAAGAGAUAGAAAAAGAGAAAUAAUUAAUGUCGAAUUCUAAUGCACGAUCUGAUGAACCAGCGUUAUGUAUAAGAGCGUUGCGGAGCUCUGACGGCCGGAAACUAACUUAAAACAAAAAAGUCGUUAGCAUAUUUAUGCACUUAUGUAUGUUAUUAAAUACGCGAUGAUAUAGCAAUAGAGUGAUAACGAAACGAUGACAAAAAAAAGAUAUAAAGAAGAAAAUGAAUUACUUUUGUAUCCACGAAUAUACGAUAAUAAGUUAGUUCGGGCUAAGGCCAGCAGCUGUUGAGAUUAUUCAUGGUUGUGUGUAUCAUUAUAAGUAUUUUGAAUUGUUGAAUAGUAAUUAGUGUAAGCGGUGGCUUGAACGGGGCGACGUCCAGCGCCCACGAAUGCACCAUAAAGAGACGUCGCGUCGUCCAAGUUCGGUCUCAAAUAUUUCAGAAUUGUCGGAUAUUUCUUCUCUUCGUUAUUCGAACAUUUAUCUUUCGUACAAUCGACUUGCUAAAUUCACUUUGCCUGUGUUUUAAUAUAUAUAUAUAUAUAUGUAUGUGUGUGUAUAUAUAUAUAUAUAUAUAUAUAUAUAUAUAUAUAUAUAUACACAUAUACAUAUAUAUAUUCUUUUUUAAUGUAGUAUUUGUAAUGAGUCGUAUAUCCUAUAUAUGAAAUUGUUGGGAUAUUUUUUUAAUUUAUAAUUUUAACGUGAAGCACGAUAAGAGAAGAAUCACCCAUGACAGGUGUACCUCUAAAUACUCCAUUGAUAUUACGGGUGUAAUUUUGCAAAGAUAUUUUGUAUCUUUUUAUGUAUUAUUUCUCUGAUUCAAAAAUUUCAUCUAUCCUCAUUUUUAUUUCUUUUUUUUUUCAACGAGAAUCUUUUAAAAAGAAAUCUCUUUUUUUCUUUUUUUAUAUCAUGUAAUGAUAAGAUAUCUGUUAAACAUUUCUAAACUAUUUAUUGAAUUUUUAUGUAAUUUGUUAAAAGUUCUUUUAUAGACGACUUUUUUCUUUUACUUUUUUUCUUCUUUUAAUUUUGAGACCAUACUUUGUACACAUGCACGUGAUUCUGUCAACGAUUCAUCAAUGAAUCUUUAGGGGAAAAGAAAGAUAGAAAAAUAAAAAAAAAAACAGAGCGAGAAUUGCGAUUACUCGACGUCUCUUAUUCUUGCGCCUACCGCCUAGCUAAGUCAAAAAAGUAUUGUACGUACUGUGUUUGUUGUAAGCACGUUUGCUUUCUUUUUUUAAUUCUUUUUUUACUCGAUUUUCUAAAUAUAUUAAAAAUCAACGUUUGUUCUUAAUUCUCUCCUUUUACUUUUUGUCUUUUUUUAUCACAUAUAAAAUCGUCUGUUUUGCGCAAACAUGUCGAUACAACAGACACAGAAGAUCGCUGGGCAAAGGACCAAAAUGUACAACUGCGUUUGCCCUUUCUUACGGUUGGUACGAUUCGUUUUUAUAAACGUAUAAAACGAGAUCGAAGCUGUAAUUGUAUCGAAGGAUUUUUAAGCAAUGUUGACAGAUUAUUUUGGGGGGCAUCUUAUUGCAAGGGCAUUGUUGUGAUACCACAGAUGCAGCUUCAUUGAAACUUAAAUAAAAAAGUAAUGCGUUAAUGAUUUGUUACGAUCAAUGUUUACUACCAUUGGAUGCGUGUGUUUGAUACUGUACAUGAGGAAUAUAAUUUUUUUAUAUAAAAAUCUAUUCGGGAAUGAAACACUAAAA